AGGAGCGCACACUUAUGAGCUGAGAAGAGGCUCUGUUCGUUCUUGCUCAGAAUGUCGGGCCUCCUCACUCGACUCUUCAGUUCACAACUCCAAAUUUCUUGUAGCCGACUGGCACCUCUCGCCGGCACGCAAUGCGUACAGCACCUACAGAUCCGGGAGAAAUCCACGAAACCGAAACGCCGGAAGGUGCAUCCGUUCCACUGGUGGGCUCCAAAGAAUCGCGCUGACAUGAGCGAAGACCUUCUCACUGAAAAGAAUCAAGUAUUCCUUCAACAAGUAGCUGAAAGAAUCUACCUGGCACCGGGAGAAAGUCCUUUGAAUGAAGAACCAUGGCCGAUCGGAACCUACCAGGAAGGCUCGCGACGCACUGGAAUAAUCGCCAAGAAGAUCGGCGUCGUACCAAUGUGGUUGAAAAGCGGAAAACGGGUACUGGCUUCGAUGCUGCAUGUGUGCGAACAGAAUGUGAUCACGUACAUGGACCCAGAAACGUACGCGAGGACCCGAUUUGGCUUCAGAGGCAAGGGCCACGGUUGUUUGAUAGUCGGUGCGGAAUCUCGCGAUCCGACUCGUUUCAGACAGGAAUACCUAGAUCUCUUCAAAGAAUCCGGCGUGGCUCCCAAAAAGAAACUGACGAAAUUCCUGGUGACACCGAACGCUGCACUCCAGCCUGGGACUCCGCUCUUCGCCGGACACUUCAAAGUGGGCAACUACGUUAAUAUCUACGGGAAAACGAUUGACCGAGGCUUCUUGGGUGCUAAACGCAGAUGGGGGAUGAAAGGUGGGCGAGCUACGCACGGAACCACGAAAAAUCACAAUCGAAUGGGCGCCAUGGGCGGACCUCGCGGGAGAAUCCUGAAGGGGAAGAAGAUGGGUGGACAUGACGGUCAGGAGCGACGUCUCUUGGUCGGAGUUAAAAUUCUCCGCAUAAACUACAAGCACGGUGUGAUCUAUGUUCGAGGGCCUAGUGUCAUGGGAGAGAUAGGUGCAUUUGUGCAGAUCUACGAUGCACUCAUACCGGAGAAGCGACCGAAAGAGGAUAAUAUGCCGCCUUUCCCGACUUACUUCCCCGCUGAGACGGAUCCUCUUCCGGAGGAUGUUUUCGACGAAACUGUGCAUCCCUUCGACGCGCCGAGCAUAGAAUUCGAGCAGGAAGUUCAAGUCAAGAGGAAGCUCAAGGUCAAAGCCAGAGCCAAGGCGGCGGGUAAGCGAUAGAGAAGGGUCUGAUGGGGAGAAUGAGCUGGUUUAUGUAGGGUGUAUUCGUGCUGCCUUGAAUAAAAUAGGACUUCUGUGGCCGAGAGCGGUCGG